UGCGACAGAGACAAGCGCGUCAAAACACCGGUCACCGUACCUAAAGUUAUUUAACAAGCUAGCGGAGAAGACAGAGCUUCAAGAUGCUUGCGUCAGUGAUUGUUCAUCACAUUAGAGACUUUUAAAUCGCAGGACGUUAGUGUUUAGGUCGUUAUAAACGUUAGGAGUUCACUGUGUGGAUCGUCCGCGAUGCAUCAGGCGCGUGAAAGACGAAAGUAAACGAAAGUAACUCUGUACGUUACAUCCAGAAGGAUCUAUUGACGUUAUCUGAAGAUUUUCGAGAAGACAUCGACAUGUUCCCCCUAGACUCUCCGUGGAAUAUCUCUUUCGCAGGCUGUGGGUUUCUGGGGAUUUAUCACAUCGGAGUGGCCAGCUGUCUGCAGGAGCACGCGCCGUUUCUGGUGGACAACGCGCGUCACAUUUACGGCGCGUCGGCGGGCGCUCUCACGGCCUCUGCGCUGGUCAGCGGCGCCUGUCUGGGAGAGGCGGGUGCCGGCAUCAUUGACGUGGCUAAAGAAGCCCGAAAGCGUUUCCUAGGCCCCAUGCACCCCUCCUUCAACCUGGUGAAGAUCAUGCGGACUGUGAUGCACCGCGUGCUGCCGCCCGACAGCCACAGCCGGGCCACCGGCCGCCUGGGCAUCUCUCUGACCCGCGUGACGGACGGAGAAAACGUGCUGGUGACACACUUCAACAGCAAUGAGGAACUCGUGCAAGCGUGUGUAUGCAGUGCUUACAUUCCCGUGUACUGUGGCCUGAUCCCUCCAACCCUGCAGGGAGUGCGGUACGUGGACGGUGGCAUCAGUGAUAAUUUGCCUCAGUACGAGCUGAAAAACACCAUCACAGUGUCUCCGUUCUCAGGAGAAAGCGACAUCUGCCCGCGAGACAUCAGCUCAACCAACAUUCAUGAGCUGCGCUUCACCAACACCUCCAUUCAGUUCACACUGGCCAACCUGUACAGAGUCUCCAGAGCGCUGUUUCCAACCGACCCGCUGGUGAUGAAGAACAUGUGCAAGCAAGGAUACAGAGAUGCUUUACACUUCCUGAAGAAGAACGGUCUGUUACAGUAUCGAGGUCCACACCGUAUGCUGGCCGUAGCUGGUGGAGAGGCUGAGGAAGAGUCUGACAGUGAGGAUGAUGAAGAGUCAGAGAACAGAGAUGACGGAGAAACACAGGAUCUCUCCAGCAUUGAGGAGCGCAUCUUUGAACACUUGCCUCCUAGAGUACAUAAAGCACUGGUGGAGGCCUGUAGGGAGAGGCAGAGUCUGUUGCAGUCGCUAAGCAACAUGCUGCCCGUUAGAAUGGCAUCUGCCAUCCUGUUACCAUACACACUUCCUCUAGAAUCAGCUUUGUCACUGAGCAUCAGACUGCUGGAGUGGUUGCCAGACAUUCAGGAGGAUGUGGGCUGGAUGAAGGAGCAGACAGUGAAGCUGCUGCAGAGUGUUUUGUCACACGCGGGGAGGAGUGUGUCACAGCAGGUGUCUGCACGCUUUUCAUAUCAGCUGGAAUUGAAACAUUCCCAGUCGGUCCCGGCGAGCUUCAGUGCGGUGCGUCUGCUGCCGGGCUGGGUCUACGGGGGCAGCUCCACAGUCCUGGAUGCCAUGCUGCGAUUGAACCAGUACCAGCGCCAACUCCUGCCAGGCCUUUUCUGUGUCAAUCUGGACCUCCGAGGGUCUUUCACCACCAGUUCAGCUCACCACAGUGCCUCCAGCUCCCUGAGCCACCAAGACGCAAUAGAGGGUCUCACCAUGCGUCCCAUCGGAGCCCCAAACACCAGCCUGCUCCCUUAACCACGGGGCCUGACAGACCAUUAUAUCCCACAAUGCACUGUGAUGAUGCACAGGAACUUUGAGGUGAACAUUUCAGUGUUUGAUGGUCAUCAGAAAGAAAACAAAUGCUUUGCAAAUCUUUGUGAGAAGUUUGAUUCUGUCUCAGUUGAAAAAGGAGGUUUUGAGAAUUACAAUUAAGAAAAUGUCAAAGAAAAGCAAAAAGAAAACACAGCCAGAGAAUGUAUUUAAAAGAUAUUCUGCACUUCAUUAAAUGUUCUUGGUUCAAGACAAUUUAAGCAUUUUUGGCAUACUGUCCAUUACCACAGGGAAAAAAAAGAAAAAAAUUAUAUGUAUGUA